AUGCUUCAGCUUAAAUCUGACUUCGAAAUUUAUCCAACCACCAGACCUCAUAGAAUGUCAGCUAAAAUAUCAGAAGAUCCUUCCAAAGUGAAAUACGAUGUCUCUGAGGGUGAAAUAUUAGAAAGCAAUGGAUCCAUAUCGUCCAAUGAAGGCAAUCAAGUGCAAGCAGUCUCGGGCGAUAAGCAUGUCGUGGGAGCUGAGCUCUUUGAAGAAGUCCUUAACGCUCAAAUAGAUACCUCAGACAAAGAGUAUGCCCCGAUUAGACGCAAAAUUGACAUGUGGUUGUUGCCUAUUCUAUGUGUUACAUACAUGCUUCAGUUUUUGGAUAAACUCUCCUUGAAUUAUGCAUCCGCUUACUCCAUGAAAGAAGACUUAGGCCUCAAAGGGAAUGACUAUGCUAACAUUGCCGCAAUCUUCAAUGUGGGGUACCUGAUUGGAUCCCUUCCCGGUAACUGGAUUAUUCAAAAACUACCUGUGGCAAAAUAUACAGGUUGUGCACUGUUUGUUUGGGCUAUUCUUUUGAUUGCACAUGUUGGGGCGAAGAAUUAUAGCAGCAUGAUGGCUUUGAGGUUUUUGCUUGGUCUAAUGGAGGCAUCAAUCUCUCCCUCGAACAUGAUGAUGUGUGGUAUGUUCUACAACAAGCAAGAACAGCCAUUUAGAAUGUGCACUUUUCUAAGUAUGAACGGUGUUGCCACAAUGGUUGGUGCACUCCUGGCAUACGGGCUCGGUCAUUCGACAAGUUCUGCACUCAAACCCUGGAAGUUGAUUUUUCUAGUUAUUGGCGUUAUGAAUUUCGCAUGGGCAAUUAUUUUUCUGUAUGUGGCUCCUGAUUCUCCUGCUAGUGCCAGAUUUCUUACUCAUGAGGAAAAGCUUAAAGUCAUUGAAAGGGUAUCAAAAAAUCAAACCGGUAUUAAAGAUACAAAAUUCAAAUUUGUACAAGCUAAAGAGGCGCUCCUUGAUUUAAAUACCAUAAUUUUGGCUUUAAUUGGACUAGGCUGUGGUGUUGUGAAUGGUGGCACUUCAAACUUCAUUUCGUCACUUAUUAAAGGAUUUGGAUUUUCAGGAUUGAAUGCCACACUUUUGCAACUUCCAACGGGAGCGAUAGAGCUGGUUUGUGUAUUUUCUGCUGGUAUGAUUGCACUUUUUACCAAGAGAAACGUGCGUACAAUUCUGCUCUUUGUUUUGUGCAUACCUACCUUAGCUGGUCUUAUCGGAAUUCAUGUGAUUCCAUUAUCUCAUAAAUGGGCAUUAGUGGGUUGUUGUUGGUUGUUAUACAUUAUUGGUGGCCCGGUUAUUAUGUGCUGGAUUCUGAUGAAUGUCACUGUCGCUGGAUCUUCAAAGCUUUCAACAGCUAAGAUAAUGUGGUUUCUCAUGUAUACCGCCGGAAAUAUCACUGGUUCCAAAAUUUUUUAUGCUAAAGAAGCACCAAGGUAUAAUACGGGUAUGAAGGGUCUUAUUGGAUCUUACGCAGGGAUGAUGUUUCUGAGCAUAGUCUAUUAUUUGCUCAUGUUUCGCAGAAACCAAGGGAGGAAUUCUAAAUUUGGUAAGCUCAAUCCCGAAACGGAAAGAGCAGGAAUAAUCAAUGGCUUCAAUGAUCAAACAGAUUUUGAGAACCAAUACUUCAGGUAUCAUUACUAA